GACCUCUGCUACGUCUUCUCUUAUUUCUCGGUUUUAUUUUUGUGUGUCCCGAUGUGUGUGCGUGUGAGUGCGCUCUCAGAUUUCAAGCUGCUGAAGUGUGCCGCGGACUAAGGUCACUGUUUUGCUUCGGUAUCCAGGUGAGUGACUGACUGCAUUGUAUGGCAGCCCCGGUGUCAGUGCAGGGAUUGUGUCCGAAUCAGGCUGCCUCACUUUCUCGGACGCAAAGAUGAUUUAAUCCAAAAUGCGAGGGGAGAACAAUAGGCCCACAUUCUCCGUUACCUAUGGACACUCAGUAGAACAACAUCCAACGUGGGAACCAGGAGCUCAAGCACCUAACAAGACUGAUUCCAUUAAAAGCUGAAACCCUUCUGACUGUCAUUUUUCCAUAACCUGCUGAAAGGAUGGCUAAACGUUCCCAAGGUGUAAGGAGGAAAGAAAAGCCACAAGCAGGGGUGAUGGAGAGAUCCCAGUUGAAGAUUGAAGAGAAGGAGCUGGACUUUGAGUUUGAAGUCAUUAACAUGCAGUUCAACGAGCUGGGGAACUACGCACUCCGACUGACUGUAGAGAACCCGCUGCUGGACAACGCCGGGGAGGGGGUGCAGCUGCGUGUCAAUGAUGGUGAUGUCCUCUACAGCAGCACAGGCACCACUGACAUCAUCGAACAAACCGAUUUAGAGGAGAUUUACACUUCUCUCCGACACAAGUUUGUCUUCACGCUGCCUAAAGGAUUCUGUAAGAAUGACAAAAACCAUGACGUACGUCUGAAAAUUGAAGCCUUGCGCAUUCCAGACAAUCAGAUCAAGAACGGGGUCAAAGCCGGUGAGGCCUUCUUUGCUAUUUACCCUCGAACUAAUGCUCCUCGCAUCAACGUGAACGCUGGCAAAAAUGAUGAGCUGUAUCACUACAGUGGAAUCAUGGCCCUUCUCCGUGUGCAAAAUGACUACCUCGCCAUGCACUGUGGUCGGCUGGCCUACACUGUCAAGUUCCAUGAGGCUCGCCCACCCCCUGUCAAUGGCAGUUCCAGCUCACGCAUGCCAUCCAUCAUGGAAGAAAGUCACAGCAAUGGACAACGCUCCAAAGCUCCUUCUCCAGGACCCUCAGCUGCUCAAGAACCUCCAGUAAGUCCCACAGCCUCCCAGUCAGAGGCAGAGCCUGGGCCUUCAUCAUCUCCAGUACCUCAGAAGGCUUCACCAGAGCCGCAGACUUCUCCAGUGUUCAGCCCACCGAAAUCUCCACCGACUAAAUCCAAUAGGAGGCGCUCUCCUGAGAUGCCAGCUGAGUACCUUGUGGACAGCAUGCCUUCCACUCCGGAGCAAGACCAGCGACAGCGGCGACUGCCCAGCGAGGCCAGCCUACACCUUCCAUCUCCACAGUACACACCUGCGCAAAGCCCGGAGCCCCUGCCUUCAACACACGUGAUGGAAAUUCCUCCAAAAAGAAGCGAUCCCACACGGGCCAUCCUCAUCAACAACUGGCAUGUGUCCAGGCCUGGUAAAGAGGCCAUCACAGUGAUCCUGCAUGGUGCCACCAAUCUGCCACCCCUGAGUGAUGGUGCUGUGCCACAGCCGUUCGCCACUGUCAGCAGCAGCUCCGAUGAAAAGCAGAAGAAGAGCGCCCAAGGGGUCACACAUGCCACCCUGCAGCCUACACAUUCGCCAUCGUGGGAGGAGAAGGUGACGGUGGAGGUGGAUGAUGAGCUUGUUAAAGAUGAAGAUAUGGUCCUGAAUGUGGCAGACAGCAGAACCAAGGAGCUUCUUGCCAGUUACCGCCUUCCUGUGCGCCUACUCCACCCUUUCCAUCACUAUCACUUGGAGCUUGUGCAGGGUCAUCGGAGUGUGCCUUCUGGUGUCAGAUUGUAUAUUACUGUGGUGCGGAAAGGAAACAUCAUUCCACGACAAGCCGGCUUCUCCUUUACUGGAUUUGAGGUUCUUUUGUUGGCCCUGGAGAAGCCCCUGAAGGAGCCAGUGGGACCCUUGCUGGCAGUAGCACGUGUUGUGCCUGAAUAUGAGUCUUACAAGGACACCAUGCUGACAAGGAGCCCCCGAGCUGCUGGCAUUGCAGUGACUACCCUCAACUUCCCUAUCAGGCAUGAUGCCCCCCUUCAGGUCUCCCACAUCUCUACCCAAGGCUAUCCUCAGGUGUCACAGGCAGGAUUUCCUCAGGAGCAGCCAACCUGGAAUCACUCAUUCCUGUUCCACGGCAGAGACUGCGCCACCAUCUUCUCUGGGGGUGCGGCUCUCGUGCUGGAGUACUACCCCAUUACCACAGUAAUGAAUACCGUCAGCUGGCAUAUCCGCAGCCCCCUGGGUUUCUCCAUUUUGCCACUGAGUGAAGAUGUCUACCGUAAGCUGAUGGCAGAGAGCAGCCAAAGGGGAGUACGUGUUGAGCACCUGCCCAUUGAGGGAUCGACCCUCCAAACGAUGACUAGCGGCACUCCAAGUGUUGGCAUCAUUCUCCGACUUAUCGGUUCAGAGCGGCCAGAUUCUCUCCUCGCCUCUUCAAACCCGAGCCUGUUGCCGACUCUGGACUCCAAGCCUCUGAGCGACCGCGGCGAUUCCCCGGAGCCCAUCUUGCCACAGUCCCGACUGGACAGCGAUGACAGCCCACCGAUCCCGCUCCUUGGUGAUUCUCCUCCAUUAACGCGGGCGUCCCGGCUUCAGUCCUUGCUGCAGAGGGGAACAUUUGACCUUCCAUCUUAUGAUGCUCUUGAAGAGAUUUUGCCAGAAUAUGAGUACCUAUUCCGUGUUCAUCCAGCCACUCAGGAUCCUCGUUAUGGACGCAGACAUCCCCAUAGGACAGAGCCCGCACAGCCUGACAAGAGUAAGGUCACUGAGUCCACAGAACGGUCCCAAUCCCCGCCUCGCCGUACCCAUUCCCCUAAGAGAGACCCUCUGGGACAAACCCAGGUAGCAGAUGUUGCUGAACAUGAAGCUGUGGAGUUGGAGAAUUAUCAAACAGCAAUGCGUAAAAUGGCAGAGGAUAUCAUUGCCCUUCGGAAACAUGUUGGGAGCCUGGAGUCACAUAACAGUCGGCUGCGCAGUGAACUUAGUUUACAUCAGGAUCUUGGGAGGACACUAUUGGAUGACAUGGACAUUGAUGUCAUGACUAAGACGGAGAUUGCUGACAGAAUCACUUCUCUGAAGGUCAAACUGGCAACUGAGACAUCAGAAGUUAAAGCUCAGAAGGAUAAAAUCCAGCAGCUACAAAAUGAACUAAUUCGUAAAAAUGACCGGGAAAAAGAGUUGCUGAAUCUUCAGAGAGCACACCAGCAGCAGCAGAUGGUUCUCCAGAAAUACCAUGAGCGACUGGCCAAAGUAAAGGGCCUGGAGAGCACAAUUCGCCAGCAGGAGAAGGUCAUUGAGAAAAUGGAAAAAGUGUUGGACACCAAGCUGAAAGAGAAAAAGAAGGGUUUGUCAGAAACAUCAAAAAAGCUGAAAGGAAAUGAAGAGAACAUCUGGAAGGAGGUGGAAUCUGCUCUGGCAGCUGAGAACUCACGACUGAGAGCUGAGUUGGAGAAGAUACGCUCACCGGCAGUACCUACCAUUAUCCAGUUGCCUCCAAAGCAACAGGACUGGUUCUCGGAUGCAGAAAAACUAAGCUUGCUGGCCAAGUUGGAAAAGGCUCAAGGGCGAAUAGAGUCUUUGGAAAUGCAGCUUGAAGAGAAUGCAAGAAAAUGGGGCAGAGAGAAGCAGGACUUAAUGACAAGACUCACUGAACAUGACCACGGGUUUGCACGCACAUCCACAAUGAUUUUACAUGACUUUCCUCUGAAAAAUGCCUCGGACUCCCUCCUAAACCAUAAUAGACACAGGAAGCUGGAUCCUUUAACAUAACACUUGAUCGUCCAUCUCCACAACUAUAAUCAAGGCAUAAAAAAUUAAAUUUGUUUAACAUUUAUAAAACACAGGUAUGCUGUAAGCAACAUGUAUAAAGAUUAAAGUUGUUUUCUUAUGUCUUA